AACCCCAUGAUCAAAGUGGGCUGAUCAUUACAAUAAAAAAAAAACAUGUAUUAUUGAUUUCGUUUAUUAUCGAUUCGGCGCUCUUGGUGCAGAACUGAAUUAUGAUAGGUGCGCGGAGCAGAGAAUGCCUCUGAAGACUGACACAUGCAAAUGAGCUGUUAUCAAAACAAACCAGGUGCGUCAUUUGUUUGAAAAAAAUUAAGGGAGCUGGAAAAGAACAGACGAACUAACGACUCAAGGAAAAUAGCCGCGCGGUGCUCGUGGUGCGCGUCAUGCGACAUGAGUAACAUCAGUGAUGGAGUUGGAGUGCUGCUGCCCAUGUGGAACUUAAGGGAAUCCACACUCAACAAGUCCAGUGAACUCUUCGUCAAUGUCUCGUGCAAUGUGUCUACAAAUGAUUCCACAUCUUGCUUGCCAGUGGAGGACAGCGUCGGAGAUGCAAGUCCAUAUAAGGCAUUUGAGAUGUUUUUUAUAGCCCUGGUUACUGGAUCGUUGAGCCUUGUGACCGUCACGGGAAACAUUUUGGUCAUGAUGUCCAUCAAAGUCAAUCGCCACUUACAGACUGUUAAUAACUAUUUUUUGUUCUCGUUGGCCUGUGCUGACCUGAUCAUUGGCGCGUUCAGCAUGAAUUUGUACACUGUCUAUAUCAUCGUUGGAUACUGGCCCCUCGGGCCUGUGGUUUGUGACCUAUGGCUCGCUUUAGAUUAUGUGGUGUCCAAUGCGUCAGUGAUGAACCUGUUAAUCAUUAGUUUUGAUCGCUACUUCUGUGUGACUAAGCCCCUCACAUACCCUACAAGAAGGACAACGAAGUUGGCAGGGCUGAUGAUUGCGGCAGCAUGGAUCUUAUCCUUCAUCCUUUGGGCCCCUGCAAUCUUGUUUUGGCAGUUCAUAGUUGAGCAGCGAACAGUGCCACCUGGAGAGUGUUACAUUCAGUUCCUGUCGAACCCUGCCGUUACGUUUGGCACAGCUAUAGCUGCAUUCUAUCUUCCAGUCAUUAUUAUGACAGUGCUGUACAUCCACAUCUCCCUGGCAUCCAGGAGUAGGGUUUCCAAACAUAAACUGGACAAGAAGAGCUCAAAUACUACAAAAAAGAUUAAGAGUCACAUGCUGAAGCAAAACAACAAUGAAACCAGUCCUCAGACCAGUCUCCACCUGGCUCCCAAGCUCAGUUUGGACUCGACAACCACUGCGGACGAGGCUAUGAAGAAUGGCAGGCCGGAUUCAUCUAAAGCAGAUGGACCACGGGAGCCGGCUCAACCCAGUCAGGGACUCGUAACACAGGAGGAAAAGGAGAGCUCCAAUGAUUCGUCCACUGCAUUUAUACACCCAACAGAACCAAAAGCCAGCAAUAAAGUGAUACUUGAGGAUCCAAACAAUUCUAAAGCACAAGUAAGCACAACUGUCUCAAAUCCUUCUAUGUCCAAGAUGAACCCAACCUCAAGGUGGUCCAAGAUAAAGAUUGUUACCAAGCAUGCUGGAGAUGAAUGUAUCACAGCUAUUGAGAUUGUCCCGCCAGUGGAGGGCGCAGAGAGCCAUUCCAUACCAAUCAGCCGUCCCAGGACAGUUGCAAGAAAAUUUGCAAGCAUCGCUCGGAGCCAAAUGAAGCGGAAAAGACAAAUGGCCGCCCGUGAAAAGAAAGUGACCAAGACAAUCUUUGCUAUCUUACUGGCUUUCAUCAUUACUUGGACACCCUAUAACGUCAUGGUGCUGAUCUCCACCUUCUGCCAGUCGUGUGUUCCUGACACCGUGUGGGCCAUUGGCUACUGGCUGUGCUAUGUUAACUCCACUAUCAAUCCAGCUUGUUACGCCCUGUGCAACGCCACAUUCAAAAAGACUUUCAAGAACCUGCUGCUGUGCCAAUACAAGAACAUAGGCACAAGAUGAAAGGGGAGGAGGGGUGCUAAGGGGAGAAUGGAGGUUGUGGAAAAAGAAGGGAGGAGAGAGGGUAAGAAGAUGACGAUGGAUGGAGGCAUUUCAAAGAAGGGCUCCUGAAGACAUUUGCAGGGUGCAGAUAGGAAUGACAUGCUUUCAUCAUAUUUGCUCUGAGGGAGCAUGUGGGAGGAUAUGUAUUAUUGAUGAGCUGAUGGAAAAAAUAUGUCUAGAAAAAAACUAUACUAAUGAAUGGCUGUAAAACAACUAAGGAAAGGGGGGAAACAUUGCCAGUGGUUCUGAAAGAAGAAAAGGUUCUAAACAGAUUAAGAUAAAUUAAUUCAGUGAUUAAAGAAAUUGGAUGUAAUAUAAUUAUGAUUGCAGUGUAUGAAUAAAUGUAUUGUGUGCAGUGAUUGAAUGACUGCUAAACAUUGAAACAAUACAGAUGCAUAAAUUGUAUACUACUUUGAUGAAUACAGGGAUUGUUGUGGUGUUGAUACUCUCGAUGAUUCAUCACUUGAAUUGAAUAUUUACCUUCAUAAAAAAAGUGAUCACUCAAAACCUUCAGGACUUAUUGUGUCCAAAUGUCACAUUUGUAAAGAGGAGUGAAGCACAAUCCCAAAGACGCAACCACGUUUUGCAUGGGGAUUCAAAUACUUCACUCAAUGAAAUACAAGUAAAUAAAGUAUUUUUAAUGGGUUUUUUUCAAGAUUUAGUUGAUAUUCCAUUUUUCUCUCUCAAAAUAAACCAAUCGUAAAAAUACUGACUGUUCAUGUCAUGUAAGAUGCUAAACUUAAAAAAAUGCAGGGGAUCAAAUAAGUUCCCAUACUGUAUAUAGUUAUGUAACAAGUUACACACCUUAGCUUUCAUUACAUCACAUGUAUAGCACACACGUUGUACAUUCUCUACUUUAUAGGAAGUAUACUUUAAUUUGCUUUAAUAUGGCAUGUGGUAAUAUGGCUACAGCCAUUAACUAUUGUUGAUAAGAUAACAUUCCACUAUAUUGUAUUCAUGCAAACAAAGUACUGACAAGUCUACAGAUAGUACUGAGCAGAGUUUGAUUUUAGCUGAUAGUUUAACCAUUAUAAUAUACAUUUACAGUCAGUGUUUCUCGUGGACAACAUAGAGAAACACGGAACCAAGCCAACAGGAGCUUUUUGUUUGCUAACUCUGUCUAAUAUAACUAAAAUACAUAAUAAUAAUAAAUGUUUUUAUGUAAUGACAAUACCAAAUACAGUACCAAUAGUUAAUCAUUCAUAUUACUGUGACUAAAUUAAUAAUUAAAUUCAUAUAUACCAAAGACCAUCCAUCCAUCCAUCCAUCUUCUUCCGCUUAUCCGAGGUCGGGUCGCGGGGGCAGCAGCCUAAGCAAGGAAGCCCAGACUUCCCUCUCCCCAGCCACUUCGUCCACCUCUUCCUGUGGGACCACGAGGCGUUCCCAGGCCAGCCGGGAGACAUAGUCUUCCCAACGUGUCCUGGGUCUUCCCCGCGGCCUCCUACCGGUCGGACGUGCCCUAAACACCUCCCUAGGGAGGCGUUCGGGUGGCAUCCUGACCAGAUGCCCGA